UGAAGAUCUCAAGCCGUGCACAACAUGCAGUUCAAAUGUGUCUUAAAAUAUUCAUUAGUUGUUUUAAUAGUUGUACUUUUAAGUGAUGUAAGAAGUGAAGAAGACAAUGAUUUAAUAGUGAAAAUUAGUAAUGGCAAGUUGAGGGGUUUAGAUAAUGGCUACUAUUACAGCUAUGAAUCCAUUCCCUAUGCCAAAGCACCGGUGGCAGACUUAAGCUUUGAGCCACCUCAGCCUUAUAACGAAACGUGGCACAGUGUUUUCGAUGCCACUAAAAAAUCGGUAGUGUGCAUGCAAUGGGAUCAGUUUAAAGAAGGUGAAAAUAAAUUGCAUGGUUCGGAAGAUUGUUUAUUUGUUAAUGUGUAUAAGCCCAAGACGGACAAAGAGAAAUAUCCUGUUGUGGCUUAUAUACAUGGAGGAGCAUUUAUGUUUGGUUCGGCCAAUGUUUAUGGCGAAGAUUUGCUAAUGAAGAGCGGCAAUGUUAUAUUGGUGAAAAUCUCUUAUCGCUUGGGACCUUUGGGUUUCUUGAGCACUGAAGAUGAUGCUAUAAGCGGUAAUUAUGGUUUGAAAGAUCAGCAGCUGGCUUUGAAAUGGAUCAAAAAUAAUAUUAAGUAUUUUGGAGGAGAUCCAGAAAAGAUAUUACUAAUAGGAUUUUCUGCCGGUGGCUCCUCGGCUCAUUUACAAAUGUUGCAACCAUCUCUAGAGAAUAUAGCCAAGGCGGUGGUAUCGUUUAGUGGUGUGGCCUUUAAUCCCUGGGUUAUUAUCAAAAAUCCUUUGAAGAAUGCCCUAAAAUUAGCCCAACAUUUACAAUGUCCCGAUCUAGAAAAUACUCAAGCCAUAAAGCAAUGUCUCAAACAGAAAACUCCCGAAGAUAUUGUUACAAGUGUUAAGGAAUUCUUAAAUUUCGGCUAUAAUCCCUUUGCCACCUUUGGACCAGUAGUAGAGCAUAAAAAUUCGCCACAAGCAUUUAUGACCGAACAUCCUCGAGAUAUUAUUAAAUCAGGAAAUUAUUCUCAUUUACCCUGGCUGGCUUCAUAUGCUGCUCAGGAUGGUGGCUACAAUGCAGCUGAAUUGUUGCAAAUAAAUCCUAAAACUGGCAAAACAUUUUUAGAUGAUUUAAAUGGGAAAUGGUUGGAAUUGGCUCCUCAAAAUCUAUUUUUACAAAAUAUUAACAGUGAUCCCAUAAAAUAUGCUCAACAAUUGAAAGAUGAUUACUUGAGCAAUUUAACAUUUUCGGAGGAAAAUUAUUUGAAAGUACAAGAAAUCUAUACAGAUGUUUUAUUUAAAAAUGGAGUCCAAGAAGCCCUUAAACUACACAGUGAACACAAUAAGGCACCAGUUUAUGCUUAUGUUUAUGAUAAUCCUUCAGAUUUUAGUUUGGCUCAUGAUUUGGCUCAAAGAAAGGAUAUGAAAUUUGGUACCGUUCAUUCAGAUGAUUUUACUUUAAUGCUGAGUUUCCCUUCGCGUUCUUUACGACCAGAUGAAGAGAUAUUAUCCCAAAAAUUUAUAAAAAUGUUGGAAAACUUUAUAUCUCACGGGGAACCUACCUUUGGUGACUGCAAAUUUGUUAAUAAUGCUGGCAAUUCAAACAAGUUGGACUUGUUGUUAAUCACGAAAGAUAAAUGUGAAAAUAUUGUUCAAUAAUUGUUGUUAUAUGAAAACAAAAACGAAUAGUUUUUUCAAAUUUUAUUAAAUCUGUAAAGUAAAUAAGAAAAUAAUAAUCAAAUAAUAUUGUAUUUAGAACCAUAGAGAAAAUAUACAUAGAACGGAAACUUGGAAAAAACUGAAACAAAAAAAAUUAUUCAAAAAAGUUACACAUACGAGAUUGGUUUUUGUUUUCACAUACUUUUUUUUACUGAUAGAUUCUCAGCACUUAGGUUUUUGACAACUGAGUUAGGUCUUUGACAGGAGAGUUUCCGAUCUAUGUGUAUUAAUCUAUGUUUAGAACAGUCAGUGACAAUAAAAUGAAAACUUUUUUAUAAAACAAA